CAUCGCCGCGCAGUCUCUGGGGUAGUCAGCGUCGGAGCGCAGCUCUCUCGCGCAGUGGUCAGGACCUCUCUGGCCCGGGAGGAGCCUGCGGUCAGCGAGCGGCCUGGGAGCCAGAGCGUCACUGCUGCGGGGAAGGGCGUUCGGGGAGCCGGCGGCAGCAGCGCGCGGGUCCCGGGGCGGCGUGGUCGUUGCUCUCGCAAAGUUGGGCGCGCGCGGGCGCCGGGGCCGGAGCGAUGAAGAUGGUCGCGCCCUGGACGCGGUUCUACUCCAACAGCUGCUGCCUGUGCUGCCACGUGCGCACCGGCACCAUCCUGCUCGGCGUGUGGUACCUGCUCAUCAAUGCCGUGGUUCUGCUGAUUUUACUGAGCGCCCUGGCCAAUCCAGAUGAGUACCGCGUCUCCAGUUCAGAACUCAGAGGGAACUUGGACUUCAUAGAUGAAGCCAACAUAUAUAUUGCCAUCGCGAUUUCUGUGCUCAUGAUCGUGAUCUGUGCCAUGGCGACCUACGGCGCAUACAAGCAACGCUCGGCCUGGAUCAUCCCGUUCUUCUGCUACCAGAUUUUCGACUUCGCCUUGAACACCUUGGUUGCAAUCACUGUGCUCGUGUACCCGAACUCCAUUCAGGAGUACAUACGGCAGCUGCCCCCUGAAAUUCCCUAUAGAGAUGAUAUCAUGUCGGUGAACCCUACCUGUUUGGUCCUUAUUAUCCUUCUGUUUUUCAGCAUUAUCUUGACAUUUAAGAGUUACUUGAUUAGCUGUGUCUGGAACUGCUACAGAUACAUCAACGGCAGGAACGCCUCCGAUGUCCUGGUCUACGUCACCAGCAGUGACACCACGGUGCUGCUGCCCCCAUACAGUGACACCGCUGCGACUGGCACUGCCAAGGAGCCACCUCCGCCCUACGUGUCUGCCUGAGCCUGAGGGCCGCCCUGCAGCAGCAGCGCUCUGCAGACAUCCGGCAGUAGUUCUGAAUUCAAUCCCGAGACCAUCUCAUCUGUCGUCUGCUUGCCGCCUUUUCUGGUGUAGAUGUUCAGUUGAGGCCCUCUGUAGUUUAGAUAUACGCUUUAAUAGUGCCCCGUGGUAGCCGAGCUGUAGGUCCUGUAGAGUGGGAGUGGGGUUCAUGAGCUCCCGUAGUCUUUCCCACAAAACGUAGAUGGACCUUGAAUUCUGGAAGCCUGAUUUUUGUACCUGCUCACCCCCAAGUUGGGCGAUCAGUCAUAACUUUUUCUGUUUCCUUUGUCCCUUUCAAAAGUAAAAUAAAAACCAAAAUUGGAUAAUA